AUGACUAUCCUAGUGCAUAUUGUUGAUUGUUCAGAGUACAAAGGAAAAGAUCUAGAAAUGUUAAAGAGAUAUAUCCAUGACUGGACCUUUGAUACUAAGUGCAUCAUAUCUGGGGCCCAUUUGAAGUGUAACUGUGUACUGAGAUGUUGCAUGCAGAAUGGACUACCAGCUCUGUAUAAAGUUAAGGACUUGAUAGAAGACAAGGCUUUGAAGGGCAGAGUGAUGCUGGAGAUGAGGAGGGACAUCAGAGCAGUGCUGUGGAAUAGCAAUAUUUAUUACAGUAACAAUGGGGAUGGCAGCUCAUCCAGAAAUUCUGGUUUUCAUGGUAUCAUAAUGGCAGCAAGUAGUGGCAUGGAGGACAUGAUGGUUUCAGACAAGGACUUAAAACAUCAGAUUCCAAAAUUGUCCCAAUCUGAGGCUGGCAGAAAGCUACUUGAAUAUCAGUUAGUAGGCAUGCUUACUGCAUUGGCUCCUAUAGGCACCAAGAGUGAUGGUCAUUUUGUACCAUUUAGAGAACUUGAUGGUUCCCUAUAUCACAUCUUUAACCAUCAGUUGCUCUCUGCUCAUGAGGUACAGAAAUCUUACCCAGUGACAGCUUUGCAGGCAUUGGCUGUUUAA